AUUCAAAUUAAUGUGUGAGGAGCUGUCUGUAGGCGAACGGCCACGUAACCACUCGUCCGCCCUCGAACGGUCCCGCAGGCAUCAUGUCUCGUUUCCAAACACAUCCGGAAUCUAUUAUCGUCCGCUAUGGCCCCAACUCUUCUGUACUGCCCCGGCAGGGCCCGUACUCAGCAUGCCACGAUCUUACGGGAUAACCCUACUUGGGUCUCCUGUCCGUAUUGUGGUAGCCUCCUAGCCGAUGAGUCCUCUGCCGCUCCCUCUGACGAUGACUUCGAAGAAGUGGACUUCGAGAACCUACCCGAUCGAACCCGAAAAGCCUUUACAGCGACCGAACGCCCUCAGCCGGCACUAUACGCCUCAAACACAGAGUCGCAAGCGGUGUCUACUCAUCGGGCCGGCGUAACCGCUUUCUCCUCUGCUCUCCGAGAAGCGGAAAAAGCCCGUCAGACCAGUAUUCGGAACGAUAAAAGCAAGGCUGAACAGAGCAGUACGGAGCUUGUACAACCCCGUAAAAUCGGAAUAUCCUUACAUUUAUACGCCGGGAAUUACUGUACGGCCGAGUCUGGUGGUAUCGAGACUCUAGAGUGGUUCGACGUCAUGGCUGUACACAGGUUUCCGAUAGCCGUACAGUUCAGUACGGCCCUGGAAGCAGACACGCACCAGCAAUUGAUGUCCGCUAUCAUGAAACGAUUCUUUUCGAACUCGGGGGAGUGGGCGAAGCUAGUGGAACGGGAGUGGACAGCCAUUCCUAUCGAUGGAAAGCCAUCGAGCCUGAACUUAAAUGUCCGGUUCUGCGAGGCAGCGUACGAGUCCACUCAGCUCUGGGCGUUCCUGUUACAAACAGGACUUCUACCUCGAUCGGAAAUCCGCUUACACCUGCGCACUGGUGUCUCAGCGAACCAACCAGAACGGGACGAAAAGGUUAGCACGAAGGGGAAAAGGACGGUACUAGCCCAGCCGCGACGACGCAAACGUGAUCAGGGCUCCUAAUAGUGCAGACCACUUAGACUAUUAGUGCAGACUGCAGAUCAGGGCAGGGAAUACGGACGCCCGGUGUGGACGCUAAGUACG